UACGUGUCCGGUGCUAAUCGUAAUCCGGCUCUCGCGCAUCGUAAAAUCGCGCGAUCGCCGAUCUCUUCUGCUCCGUCGUCGUCUUCUUCUUCUCCAUCGCCAUUGCCUCCUCUCUCUCUGUCUCUCUCUCCCGCGUCGCGUGCUAGAGAGCCGAAACGCGGAGGCAUUUCGGCCGAACAGCCGCCGUCCCCCGCCGCCGCGACCCGGACCCCGAACCCGUCCUAGCCUCCCCAGAUUCGGGAUGGAUGCAUCUGGUUUAAUGGUACAGAAAAGUGAUGAUGACCAAAAAGGAUUGAAGGUUCUACUUGAUGCAUUUGGUUCUGUCUUUUCUCUGGAAGAGAUUGCUUCUGCUUACUGCAAGGCGCGCAGGAAUGCAGAUGACGCAGGUUAUAUAUUGAGUGACAUGAAGGGAAGCCCCGUUGCAUCUACCACCGAUAAUACUCAUUGUGUUGCAAAAAGCGAACUGUCUGAAGAAUUUUCCUGUGGUAACAUUUCUGAGAAGUUGGUUCAGGGUGAUGGAAAUCCCGGAUCUUCAAAAGAAAAGUGGCGUCCUAUUUCUGUUGGUACCGUUUCAAGUGUUAUCGAUAAAGAUUAUGUCAGGUCCACAUCCUUGGCAAAUGGAUCUUGUAUGGCAGCAAAACCUUUGAAACUGGACUCCAAGGUGUUGCCAGCAUCUGAGCUUUCAGGCAAAGAUUCCAAACUGGAUGCUUGUAAGGAUGAUCAAAUGCACCGGGACAUGGAAGAUUUUCUGUUUAAAAUGCUGGGAGAGGGCUUUCAGCUCGAUAGGGAUGUCAUUCGAGAAGUUCUUGGUAAAUGUGGAUAUAAUAUGGAAAAGAGCAUGGACAGACUAUUUGAUUUGUCAGCCGCAGUUUCAAAGAGAGGAAACAACUUUCUCGGCAAGUCUAAGAAGGAAGUACUUCAAAGUCAAAAAGAGAUGCGAAGUGCAGAUAAUUCAGAAAGUGUUCCAGGUACAUAUGGAGGUAAAUUGAACAGAGAGCGGAGACAGAGAAGCAAUCUCGAAGAAGAAAUUUUGGCUUCAUUAUUCAAUAAUUCUGGGAGACAAACAGAGUCAUCUAGCCCCGUAAAAGCUGUCAAGAGGUCUAAAGCAUAUGGUCAAGUGGUGGCUACACCUCUUCCAGAUUCUUUUCUACUUGACAAGAAGGAUAUAGUAGAUUUUCAACAAGAUAGUAAUGCGGAUGUGGAAGAUCUAGAUGAAGAGGAUAGCUACGAGGUUCUUCGUAGAGCUGUGGAGGAAUAUAGGGCUACUAUGAGGGAGUAUUAUAAGGCUGCCGUUGAAGCAUUUGCUAAGGGUGAUCAUGCUCGGGCAGGCAAACUUUUAGAAAAGGGACGCUUCUUCUGCAAAAAGGCUCGUGAAGCUGAUGAAGAGUCCUAUCAGAAGAUAUUUGAAACAAGAAAUAAAAAUACAGCAGACUUUAUGUUGCUUGACUUGCAUGACCACGGUGCCAAAGAGGCAAUACGUCUUCUUAAGCGCCACCUUUUGUCACUGGCUGGCAUCCCAACAUUCAACUAUCUUAAAGUAAUCAUCGAAACAAAUGAGGAAGAUGUCUCAAAAGGGGCUCGUAAGCGGCUGGUUAUGAAAUUUUUGGAGAAGGAAUCGAUUCAAUGGACUGAAGAAGGAAAUGCUGGAAUAAUUCUUAUUCCCCUGACUAAUAUAAAUCCAAAACUUUUGAGUUUUGCCAAAUAGAUUUUUGCUUGGACUUCAGUUGGUUGCCAAAACACGCGAUGAAGGUAAACAAGGAAGUAAAUUAUGUAAGUGAAAGAGGAUUGGGGGUCUCUCUAUUUUGCCAAGGCCUCUCAUUAAGAGGAAUUAAAGGCGUCAUUGGCGGAUGGCGCGUAAUUUUGGUCUUGUUUUCUAGGACACUGAUUAGUUGUUUGUAUUUGUAGCCAGAAACCGAGUUAAGAGGUCUGCCAUUCACUUUUGUUUUCAUCGAGUUGAGGGAAUUAGAGUUCCAAAUGAAGAUAUUGAGGAUGGUGUUGAAGCUUAUUCAUGUCAAACCGUUUGAUCAAGUAAAAGAAGGGCAUUCUUCAUUUGCUAUCUUUUAUGUAGAUGAUCUUCAGCUUUUGUGGAGCCCUAUAUGGAUAACCUUUUAUUUUCUGGUGAAAAAUCUUUUGUGUA